GUGCUACAUAAUCAUGCUUUGCCCCAGAAUGAUGAAGUGUUGUCAGAGACUGAAUCUCUGGAGCUCUGGUGGGUGACUGAUGCUAAUGCAGGGGUUUAUACACUGACUGUCAACACAGGAAGCAAAGAGUUUGUGGUCACAGUGCUAACGACAACCACAAGUUUGAAGACAGUGUCACCACAGGGUUUGACUGAAUCAGCAGGCAUCAGCCUUACAACAUCACCAACCCCCGAGCUUUCAACCCACACAGAUCGGACCACCUUCAUUGCUACAAAUGCUCCAAACACCACAAAUGUUACAAUCACAGCUGAUGAGCACAUAACCCCUUUUACAAAUUCUACACACAUCUCUAUCACAGCAUCCCCUACCACACACUCUCACACCCAAGAUUUGCUCAAUAUGACUGUCCAGAGGACAACAGAAUCAGGCUAUCCUAGCACAAUGUUGACCUCAACGCAAGAAUCGGCCAGUGAUGAGACGAGGAAUGAGCCUGAGGUACAUACAGAGCAACCAGAGGGCAUUUCCUCAGCAACGCCAGAAGAAUACAGCACCACAGGAAACAUUUUUAAAAGUCCUGAAAAACCUUCAUCUGGAGAUAAAUAUGGAGAAAAUGAAAAUAAGGAUACGGCACCGAUUCAUCUGUUGUUGGUGGUAAUCAUUGUUCCGGUGCUGGUAUUGAUCGCUGUGGCUGGCUUUCUUUUUAGAAGACAAGUUAUAAAAACCAGGCUGGAUUCGCCGCCUUCGUUCAAACCCCCUCCACCUCCAGUGAAGUAUACAGCAAUAAGACACAGCGAGACUCUGACAGACUCUUUUCCCAUUUCAAGGUGCAACUCUUUAACAGAGACUCAAAUAUGAAUGACUCAAAUUUUUGUCCUCUCUUGGUCAUGUUAAGAGUUACAGAAUGAGGUUAUUUUUACUCAUUACAAACCAGUCACAGGAAAUUUUCCAAAUGUGGCUCUGUGUAUAUACUUUGUGAGGUUUUUUUGGGGGGGUUGUUUGUUUGUUUUUGUAUAAAAUGCACCCAAAUAUAUCAAUAGCUGAAAAUGAAUGCAUAUUAAAGUUCAUUAAACUGACUUUUAAACCGU